CGUGGUGACUUCGGAAGCGUUCACAAGUUCUGUGAGUCCACGUCCAUCAAGAAGGGAAACCGAUCCCUGCCCUACUGAAUACGGUGACUGGAUUCCAGGGAACAGACGCGGAGGCCGUGCUGUGUUGCUGCUGGAGCUGGGGCAUAAAGGCCACGUGGCUUCUCGGCGCGUCUGUGCAGCCCGGGGCCACCACACCGAAGCCUGGGAAACAUUUUUGACCCCAUCUUUCUGCACACGUCACCACUAGUAUGUCACGGAAUACUUGGGCUCGUCCUUCAAGUCCACCCCAAAUCCAGCCACCUCGCAGGGCCGACAGCUGGUCCGAGCCCCAUCGCGUCCUGCCCCGGAGCACGGCAGUGGCCUCCUACCUGUACCAGUGUCUUGCUCCCUCCUUCCCUGGCUUAUUCGAAACACAGCACGUGAAAUUUCCUGCCGACAGGGCCAGGCCUCCUCGAACGUUCCCGCCUCCUGCGGAUCCUGGCCUCCCUUCUCCGGACCUCGGGCUCCACAGGCCGGUCCUCAGGCCUCUGCAUCCUCCAGGCACCCGCGGGACUCACUCGUCCACACCGUGCCUUCAGCCAUCGUUCCCUCCAGGAACCCGUCUCUCUGCAAACGGCCGUUCUGCGCCCCCUCGCCCCCUUCUAAAGUGUUCUACCCACUCCUGCCCGGAUGCUUCUUUUUCAACACCAAAGUCCCUGUUACGUUUGCCACAGAGACACCCGGGUUCCAGUUCUGUCUCUGUCACUGAUUGCCUGGAAAUAGCUUCAAUUCAGGACCUAGACCCGGGCGGCCCAGGCUGGAACCCGGGCCCUGGGCGAGGCCCGCGUCCUCCGGGGCAGGCACGCAGUCCCCAGGGGCAGCUCCGCGGGCCUCCCGUCUGUCCCAUGCUGAGCUCCGGCCUCCGGGGCUGGGGAGGGGGCCGCGCCCAGGCAGGCUGGCAGUUCACCCGGUUCACAGGGCGCCAGCCGCCCCCUGGAUCAUCCUCCCCGCUGGAAACCCUGCACGCUGGUUUCUCCGGCUCCCAGGACGCCUGGCGGGUGAGGCUUCGCAAAGGGCUGAGGCAGAGGAAAUGCGAUCUCGCUGAGUGUUUGGUCUCCUGGGACCUCCUAGCAACGGCAACAUAGCAACCGGGGGACAGCCCUUUUGUUCAAGACGGCCGACUGCAUUGAAAAAAGUGUCGUUCCGCCUUGAAACCACUUGACUGGUCCUCUGCCGUGCGCACACCCCUGUGGCAACCGUGGGCUUUGAUCUUGUCGAUCUUGUCUGUGUCACGGCGGGCUGUCUCCCCCGAAUCGGUCCAGGAGCUGCCAGCUCCCCGCCUCCUUCCCGCCAGCCUGUGAGCUCGGAGGCGGGUGACAGGCCGCCCACGGCGCCCUCUCGUGGAACAACGGUGUCCUUGCGCUUAGGGCCUCGCCUGGAUUGUGAAUAGGACCCCGCUGAGUUAUUAUUUGGAACAUGAGGCCUAUCUCAAGA